UUUUGUCCCUCCGCGGACCCCGUUUGUCUUGGCCUCGGCCCUCCGCCGCCGCCGAACCGGUUUCCUCUUUCCGGCGCUCCGGGUGAGAGAGGCAAGUUGGGCCGCCUGGACAGCGACCCAUAGAGCAUCUUCGGCGCUCACCUGAGGACCCGAAAACUACCUUUCUCCCGCCGGGCUGCGUGGGCACCAUGAACAGCGCGGGACUGAAUUCGGAGAAGGUAGCGGCUGUGAUUCAGAAACUGAACUCCGACCCUCAGUUCGUGCUUGCCCAGAACGUGGGGACCACCCACGACUUGCUGGACAUCUGUCUGAAGAGAGCCACGGUACAGGGGGCCCAGCAUGUGUUCCAGCACGUUGUACCUCAGGAAGGCAAGCCGGUCACCAACCAGAAGGCCUCAGGGCGAUGCUGGAUAUUUUCUUGUUUGAAUGUCAUGAGACUUCCAUUCAUGAAAAAAUUAAAUAUUGAAGAAUUUGAGUUUAGUCAAUCUUACCUCUUUUUCUGGGACAAGGUUGAACGCUGCUAUUUCUUCUUGAAUGCUUUUGUGGAUACAGCUCAGAAAAAGGAACCUGAGGAUGGUAGGCUGGUACAGUAUUUGCUUAUGAAUCCAGCAAAUGAUGGUGGACAGUGGGACAUGCUUGUCAAUAUUGUUGAAAAAUAUGGUGUUAUCCCUAAGAAGUGCUUCCCUGAAUCUUAUACAACAGAAGCAACCAGAAGGAUGAAUGAUAUUCUAAAUCAUAAGAUGAGAGAAUUCUGUAUACGAUUACGGAACCUGGUACAGAGUGGAGCAACCAAAGGAGAAAUCUCUGCCACACAGGAUGCCAUGAUGGAGGAGAUAUUCCGAGUGGUGUGCAUCUGCCUAGGAAAUCCACCAGAGACAUUCACCUGGGAGUAUCGAGACAAAGAUAAAAAUUAUCAGAAGAUUGGCCCCAUAACACCCUUGGAAUUUUAUAAGGAACAUGUCAAGCCACUAUUCAAUAUGGAAGAUAAGAUUUGUUUAGUGAAUGACCCUCGACCCCAACACAAGUACAACAGACUUUACACAGUGGAAUACCUAAGCAAUAUGGUUGGAGGGAGAAAAACUCUUUAUAACAACCAGCCCAUUGACUUCUUGAAAAAGAUGGUUGCUGCCUCCAUCAAAGAUGGAGAGGCUGUGUGGUUUGGCUGUGAUGUUGGAAAACACUUCAAUGGCAAGUUGGGUCUCAGUGACAUGAAUGUUUAUGACCAUGAGUUAGUGUUUGGUGUCUCCUUGAAGAACAUGAGUAAAGCCGAGAGGUUGACUUUUGGUGAGUCACUUAUGACCCACGCCAUGACCUUCACUGCUGUCUCAGAGAAGGAUGAUCAGGAAGGUACAUUUGUGAAAUGGAGAGUGGAGAAUUCAUGGGGUGAAGACCAUGGCCACAAAGGUUACCUGUGCAUGACAGAUGAGUGGUUCUCGGAAUAUGUCUACGAAGUAGUGGUGGACAGGAAGCAUGUCCCUGAAGAGGUGCUAGCUGUGUUAGAGCAGGAGCCCAUAGUCCUGCCAGCCUGGGACCCCAUGGGGGCUUUGGCUGAGUGAUAGUGCCUCCAGCUCUUUCCUCCUCCCAUGGGACCUGAAGUAGCUGCAAAGGACAGAUCCAGGGACUGAAGCCAAAGUUACACAGGUGACUCUGUGUCAACCAGAACACAGUCAGACUCUAGGAUUUCUCCUCCAGGGACCUCUUUGGGGAAGUGUGCUUUAUGCGGAAACAAAAUAUUCUUAAAGGGAAAAAAAAAAGGGAAAGAUCAGGUCAUGCUAUCUACUCUCCUCAUCUCUUACAGCUCAGGAUCUCUUAGCAUUUUCAUCAGAUGUAAUUGUUUCUCUUAACUUUGUACAAAAGGUUUGGUCCAUUGUUUUAAUAAGAUAGGAGAGGAUGAGCAAUUGAGGUGUGUGGAAAGAAAAUGGACCUAAUGCUCCUUGUUCCUAGACUAGAAUGGGGGGAGGGUUACCCUAAGAUUUGGGCUCUUCAAGCUGCAUGCUGCCUGACAGUAUCACUGUCUUUCCUAGAUGGCAGUCACUGAAUUCAGUUUUUUCAAGGUAAUUUCAUGUGCCUCUAAUAGCCCAGAAAUGGGAGGUUGAUCAAGUCUGACAUGAUUCCUUCCUAUUGUUCUGAACUGUGGGGGAUCACAGCUGUACUUGAGUCAGGGUUAAGUAGAGGCUUAGAGAAAGUUGGGUGAGAGAACAACCAAAAUCUUAUCAUGAUCUGAAUUAUAAUCAUUAGGGGGAGCUCUAGCCAAAUGGUUUAACUUCUGCUUCUGGAAUUGGGAAUUGGAUGGGCAAGAAAAGACGAUAUCCAUUCUUUCUGACAACAAGAUGGUGCUGAGAAGCUUUUGAAUAAAACACUUUGCUAAAUGAGAGUGAGUUGGCUUAUUUUAUC